AUGACUGAUGGUUACGGUUCUAUCUCAUUCUGGGGCUACAGCCCUAGUUUAGACUUACUGCAAACAGAACAUGAAGAGAAAGUUUUAACUAUGAAUAUAAGAGAUGAUUCAGAUAAACCUGAUACCAUUAAUAUUCUGUUGGUGGGAGCAGCUGACAUUCGACAUGUCUUAAAAACCAUCACAUGUGCCAAUCUGCAUCCAAAAAAGAAACUACAUUUUCAUAUAUUUGAAAAUCGUCUGGAACUCUAUGCCCGCCAUAUGCUGCUGUUGGCCAUUGCUCUUGAACCCUACACACAAGUGGGACUUCAAGAUAAAGUUGAGCUUUUCUUAGAGUUAUAUGGUAAUUCAUUGGUCAGGACAAAAUCAUUUGAAUAUCUACAGAAAAUGUCCAAUGAAUUCAUCAGAAUGGUGACAGAUUUUGAUUAUCUGGAAAAGAAACUCCCUUGUCUUGACAUGACAAGGUUAAAGUUUAAAGAAAGAGAUUUCAUGGAAGGUAUUUUCAAAUUCUGGAGAAAUCCUGAUCAGAAACUGUUUGAUAUCAGCAAAUGUUGGUGA